AUGCAAAUACAGUCCAUACUGCUGGUAUCUGCAUUCGCGCUUCUUACGAACAGUGCUGGAGCUGUUGUCAAGAAGCAAUUAAGUGAUAACAUGCUCGACAUUGUUGAUCAUUUCGAGCACAAUCCGACAACCAGUGCUGUGCUUAACAAACUUCGGCUCACACCUCAAGUGCUCAAAACUGCACGCGAGAAGAUCAAGAUCAAGAAGCAGCUACUUGUUGAUGGCUUUCACGACGCCGUGAAAACUGCGAGGAAGCAGAAGUCUGAGAGGAUCGAUGAGUGGCUCAAAGCGAUGCUUUUGAAAGGCGAGAAGGGCCACGCUAAGCUCUUCACAGCGAAAUGGACUCCCGACAAGAUCUUCUCGAGGUUUCGCCUUCACGAAAUCGAAGACAAAUUGUCGGAUCCUAUGUACAUUGGGUUUUCGAAGUAUUACGAUCAGUGGGUUAAGUGGAGACAUGGAGGGUAG